AUGGCUAGCAUCAUUGCACCAGUAGGUAACAUGUGGCAAAACACACCCUUGCCACCUUGGGCCCCUUCAAUUUUGAGGUCCCUGGGGAGGAGUCUUGGUCCUUUAAAGGUCCACAUGGCAGAAAGAAAUGUGAAGUUGUUCUUCGGGAGAGUGGUACCAGCCCAAGGGGAAGAAACCUUUGAAAACUGGCUGAUCCAAGUCAAUGGGGUCCUGCCUGAUUGGAACAUGUCUGAGGAGGAAAAGCUCAAACGCUUAAUGAAAACAGUUAGGGAUCCGGCCCGGGAGGUAAUGUGUUUGCUCCAGGCCACCAACCCCAAUCUAAGUGUGGCUGAUUUCUUGUGGGCAAUGAAACUGGUGUUUGGGGAGUCUGAAAGCAGUGUCACCACUCAUGGUAAAUUUUUUAACACUCUGCAUGCACAAGGGGAGAAAGCCUUCCUUUAUGUGAUCUGUUUGGAAGUGCAGCUUCAGAAUGCUAUUCAGGCAGGGAUCAUAGCUCAGAAAGAUGCCAACCAGACUCACCUGCAGCAGCUCCUUUUAGGAGCUGAGCGAAUUAGGGACCUGCACUUUAGGCUGAAACAUAUUCUCAGGAUAUAUGCAAAUGAUCAGGAUCAUCUUCCUAGUUUCUUGGAGUUAAUCAAGAUGAUAAGGGAGGAAGAGGAUUGGAAUGACACUUUUAUGAAACCAAAGCGACCCAAGAGGUCUGAGGUAAUCUUGGAGAGGGCAGCAAGCCCUGUAGUAUUUCAGGGCCCCCAGCCAAUAGCAAUCAGUGGCACUGACUGCAACGUAAUAGAGGUAGGUGAUACCCUUGAUGACUCAGAUGAGGAUGUGAUCCUGGUGGAGUCUCAGGACCCUCUACUUACAUCCCUGGAAGCCCCACCCCUCAGAGGCAGGGCCAGACUUCUUGAUCCAAUACUUGUCAUUGAUUGCACCAACAGUUCCCGGGCUCAAUCUCCUUGCACCAGUGGGGGUUCUGGGUAUAAGAAUAAUGGUCCUGGGGAUGUGUGUAGAGCCAGGAAAUGAAAAUACACAAUCUUAUGUUCAUAUUGUGGUGAGGAGGGCCACUCAAAGGAAACCUGUAACAGUGAGAGCAACAAGGCCCAGGUGAUUGAGAAUCUCGUCAUCACCCUGCUGGAGCUGACACAUACAGAGAAGAAGAAGUCAAAAGAGGUUCCUGGCAAACACAAUGACCUCUCUGGGCCUUUAGUAAGUACUGAGAAAGCAGCUACUCAUGAGAAUUUAUUACCAGGAAGCUCAGCACCUCCCAAGCCUCCCCCUGGUUACAGGCUAGAGGACACCAAGAAGCCCAAGGAGUCAAAGCUAACCUUGUCCUGCUCCAACAAAUGGGAAUACCCAAGGAACGAUGAAAAGUCAUCUGGGUUCGUGGGUAAAAAAACAGAGGUGGUUGGCCUGAAGCGCAGGGCCUUUCCAGCGCGAGGAACCCCAGAUUCGACCCUUGGAGGGCGGGCGGGCGGCGGUUCAAUUCCUCCUCCGCUCCAGCAGGGGGCACAGGGAGCGGCUUCCCACCGCCUUUCUUCUCCAAGCGGGUGCCGGCGGAUUGCUGCAGUUGCGAGCUGCGAGCGCGGUGGGCGGGGCGGCGGGGGCGGCGGCGGCGCUUCGCUGCGCUGCGCUGCGCUGACUGGGCUGGGCCGGGCAGCGGCCGCGACGGAGAGGGUUGCCGAGGCCACAGAGCUGCUAACGGGGUGGCCAGUCCGUUGCUGUGCCCUCUAG